UGCAACCAGUGGAUGAACCCGGAGAGGCACACCAAGAGGCAGAUCCUGGACCUGGUGGUCCUGGAGCAGUUCCUGACUCUCCUGCCCCAGGAAAUGCAGGGCUGGGUCAGAGGAUGUGGGCCGGAGAACAGUUCCCAGGCGGUGGCCCUGGCUGAAGGUUUCCUCCUGAGUCAGGCAGAGGAGAAGAGGCAGGCAGAACAGAUGCGGGGACCACCUUUGGAGAUGGAAGCUGCAAUCCCUGAGGCAGAAGGAACUUCCUUGGAGCAGGGGCAGAGGGUGCAGGCGGUGGAGCGUGCCCAAGAUGCCCUCUCCUGUGGUAAGGGCUCUUUGUGUCUGGAUGCAAAUGGGGCAGCCUAAUAAUGUGAUGGGUGGAGAGUUCAGGUCAGGGGGGAAAAUACAUAUUUCUAGAAACAACACAGAAUUAAUUGGUGGCACUCAAUGUCCACUGUGAUGUCUCUAAAAGAUUAGAAAGACUCCUGGAAGACAAUUUAUCCCAUAAACUAAAGAAUUCAUCUCUCACCUUCCUUCCUUAAAAGGUCUCAGAUUCCCUAGGGAGGGGAAGGCAGGCAAACCUCGAAAGGGACCCUCCACCUUCUGGGGGAGCAGAGCUCUGAAACCAGUCCCUGGGGGCCAAUAAUCAUGGGGAAAUCUGCCUUCGGUGCUUGUGUUUGAAGGGUCAUCUGGGGGGCUGUGUCAAGAGUCUACCCCCGUCUGUAUCCUCUUGCCAUGUAACACUUGGUAAUUGUUCUCUUGAGACUGACCGUGAACAAAUCUGUAACUGUUGAGCAAGACAGCCUGCAUUCCUGAAUUGAGACAGUUUAUUGCUUUGCUUUGCCCGCUUGGCGCAUCCCUUCAUAGUUAUCUCAGCUGCUUAACAUGGCAACCAAGGUCAUGGGCUAGAGGAGAGUGGAGGAAGAAUUAGAUAGCGCACCUGGAAUGCAGUCGUGAGGGGAGGGGUUUUUGGAUUGCCCGCCAAAAGUACCUGCCACUUUAUGCUGUGCUUUGCUUGAAUUUGUAACAGUCCACCUAGGGUAUAUAUAUAUUGUGUCUCUGAGCUGUAACGUUAGUUUCAGCAAACCAUUGUAUUGCCUUAUGAUGCUUGGAAUAAACGUCUGAGUUA